UAUCUUAAGAGUGUUAGGCGUUUGGCCGAAUAAUAACGAAACGAAACAGAACAAAUUAACAUCUAAUAUACGUACGUUUCUUAUAUUAAACGUUCCACUCUGUUGCUGCUUCAUUCCAACUAUACAUUCUUUGCUCAAAGUGUGGGGCGAUUUAAUGUCUACGAUUGAUAAUCUGCAAUACACUUUGCCAUUUUUGAUGGCACUAAUAAAACUUUCUUUUGUAUGGCUAAGACAAAAAGAUGUUCUUCCGCUUUUAAACAUGAUUAAGGACGAUUGGCUAAAGUCGAAAAUAGCGCAAGAAAGAGCCGUUAUGAUAAAACACGCGCGAAUAGCACGUCUAUUCACGAUACUAGGAUAUUUUAUGAUGUCGGCAUCUUUUAUUUUGGCUGUGAUUCUUCCAAUUUUCGGCAUUUCAAUGAGAUACUUAACAAAUAAAACAGAUCCUGGCAAAUUACUACCGAUGCAAACGUAUUAUAUUUACGAUCGCGAUAGAAGUCCAAUUUACGAAAUAACUUAUGUCCUGCAGAGUUUCGGUUUGCUGGCGGUCGGUGCUAUGUACUCUAGUGUAGACAGUUUCUUAAGUAUGCUCAUUUUUCACGUGUGUGGUCAGCUGGAAAAUCUCAAGAUGCGUAUCAUCCAUCUGGAUAAAUUUCAAAAUUUUGAGAUUGCUCUAUCGCACAGCGUGCAGGAUCACAUACGUCUUAUCAGAUUUAUUAAUAAGAUUGACGAUAUAUUUACAGUAAUACUACUUGGUGCGCUGUUUUACUUCGGCAUACUAUUUGCGUUUUAUGGUUUUUUAGUGGGCACUAUGGUGACUCAAGGUUACAGUCUGUCGGUGCCACGUUUAAUUUUCGUUAUAACGACAUCUGUCAAUACAUUUGCACACACAUGUCUCUAUUGCACUGUAGGAGAAAUUUUGGUUGCACAAUGUGAAGGAGUUUACGAUGCCGCAUGCAAAUACAAAUGGUACAAGUUGGAACCAACGAAAGCAAGGAACAUAAUGAUCAUAAUGAUGCGGGCCAACAAAUCAUUAUGCCUUACCGCAGGAAGACUGUUUCCGAUGACGAUGUCCACGUUUUGUAACUUGUUAAAGACAUCGGGCGGCUAUAUAUCCGUUUUGCUGGCACAUCAACAAUAAAAACAGAAACCUACAAAAAUGUGAGAUAAAAACUUGAGUUUAAAUUCUCAUAUCGGGAAAUAACAAUUGAUAUAACUAUGUACUGAUUUAGUCACGUAAUUUCAAUUAAAAAAUAAAUAUAAAAAUGAUUAAAUUUACUAUUAUAAGAUAUACAUGUCUUAUUUACUUGU